CACAAAAUACCUCCAAAACAAAUCACAAACACAAAAUGGGCAACAUGCAGUCUCCUUGUGUGAGCUUCAAGCCUCACCCAACAAAGCUUGUCCUCAUGGAUGGCCAAACCAUACUCCUCAAAGGAAAAAAGAAGCAGGCUAGGCAAGUUAUGUUCCAGUUUCCUCAUAGCCUAGUGUGCCACGCUGAUUCUUUCUAUCUAGGCCACCGGAUUCCGGCGCUGUCACUUGACGACAUCCUGAAAUCCGGCGAAACGUAUUUUGUGAUUCCAGCGGAUAGGUUUUCAUCCCACGUCUUGUCUCCUGCUUCACUGGCUUCUCUGGCACUGUGUCCUGGGGAGCCCUUGAACUUUGGAGAUCGACCAUUCGUUUAUGUCAAGGGCCCCGAUGGGAAGGGGCUGGUAAAGAUUUCGCCGGAAUUUAUCACUGGAAUAAUGACACGUAGCGAGGAGACUUGUGAGACCGGAGGAAAUCUUUGUAGUACGCCUGAGUUGAGGAAGCACUAUGCACAGCUGGUAGGUCCCAGGAGUCAGCCAUGGUCCCCGAAGCUCGACACAAUCAGAGAGCGAAAGCCGAGAUCGCCGUGCCGUGCGUGGUUGACGGAAUUCCGGUGGUUUGAGUGAGACCCAAAUUUCGAUCUCCAUUAAAAUCAAAGAGAAAAUGAAAAACAAAAGGACCCAUUUGGCUGUAAAUUUGAUACAAAGGUGAUAAGAAUUCUAUUGUAGAUAAGUACCAAAAUGUUCUGUGUAGUGCAGGCUUCUUCCCUGAAAAUGAAAACAGGCAGCAGGUAGAGAUAUGUUGUUUUUUGGCUGGUAGAUGGGUCAUAAAGAUUGGUCCUCAUGAUUAUCUAAAGCCAAGAUGUAAAUCCAAUUAAACCAUGGACUAUGGUGGUUUAAUGACCUACCAAACCUUGGCUGGACUGGAGAAAAAAGUGGCUGAGGCCAAUCUUUAGACCACUUCCAUGGUUAUUUGUCAAAACACUGUAACAUUUUUUUAAUCAUAAAGGGCAGAUGAUGAGUGGAUUGGAUUAGAGGCCUAUCAUUUCCUUCAAAUAUUAUCAUUUUGUGGAUUUAUGUGGUCAUGUUUUGUUGAACUCUUUUUGUCUUGUAUUGAUCUAGUCAUGGUUUCAACUUUUAACCCCCAGUGUUUUGCAAAUUAUCAGGCAUCCUAUCUUCUAUGCAAUUUUAGUCCUCAUAUGGAAAACAAGAUAUAUUUAAAGUAAAUUAGGAUUAGCUUUCCAGCGAGAGGCUAUUUAUGAAUUGAUCCUAUCACAACCACAAUCAAAUAACUAUUAAUCUUUGAUCCUCUUUCUAGAAUUAGGUUGCACAGAUCUCUCUCUGGGCAUAGAGUUAUAGAACAUGUCUGUGGCAUCUAGUAUCCAACAUGUUUAUGCCUUCUUGUAUCUAACAUGUUUGCGCCAUAAAUCAUAGAUACACAUAACAGGGCCAUAUUGCCCAUCUACUAUGCAAUGUCAAACGUCAAUACUCGACAACCGAUGAUUGAGGCGAAAGUGCUCCUCCUUUCAGUUCUGUAAUUGCCUUAACAAUGGGAAGAGGCUGCUAAUCAUCCAUUGAGUAUUGAAGGGAAAAGUAGUGAUUAGUUAUCCCGUAUUGAAUAACGGAUAAGGGAAGCUAUGCUUAAAUAUGACGAUAUCAUCUUCACUUGUGCUUCAAGACCCAAGAAGAAAGAAGGUCUAUGCUGAGCACAUAAAAUGCACACAAGCAUAACGAGGCACAAGAGCACUUGAUGGCCUACUUUGCAUUUCGCAUCAACGCAAGAGGUGACCCACAGCAUAACGGAUGCAAGUUGUAAUUCAAGGCCAAAAAGUUACAACUCUUCAUUUAGUGAGUCCAUUGGACAUCCACUGUUGGUGAUGAUGAGAAAGCACUUUCUCUAUAGGAUUUCGUUUCUUCCUUUUGAAGCAUGAAGUUUUCGAUCCUUCUAAAGUAUUUUUGAGAACUUUCUUUCUCUAAAAAAGAGAGGCAACUCUAGCAUUCUAGAACUUGCAGUACUUAUGCAAUUG